GAGGGAGGCGAGCCCGCCCCGCGCUGCGGCGGGGCCCGGCUCUGGGGCGUCCCCUCCCCCUCCCCCCGGCUGGGGACCCUGUGCCCCGGGGAGCUCCGUGCAGCGAGAAGGCCCCGCCCCGGGCGAGCCGGGGAGGGGGCUCUGGCGAGUCCCCGCUGGCUUCCCUGGCCCAUGGGCCUCAGGGGGGGCGAAGGCCCGGGCCCCCCCGCCCUUCCCCUUCGCGCCGCGGAGACCAGCUGCGUGUGCCCCCGCGGGGGAGAGCUACUGAGCCGGCUGCAGCCGGGGCGCGGCCAGGGUUGUUCUCAGCCCCCCCCCCCCCGCCUCCGUGCAGCUGUGGCCAGUAUGAGGGGCACGACCCUAGUGCAUCCCGUCUCCCCAAGGGGCUGGGAGCCUGUACGCACCCCAUCCCCGAGCCACAGUACAGAGCAGCCCGACCCGCCUUCCCCGAGGAGAAGAGCCGUGCAGCGAAAAAAGCUGGGAUAUCCAGACAGGUGCAUUGGGUACAAGAUUGGAACUGAGACACUAUGGAGCAGUACACAGCAAACAGCAACAGUUCUACAGAACAGAUUGUUGUGCAAGCUGGACAGAUUCAGCAGCAGCAGCAGGGUGGUGUCACUGCUGUCCAGUUGCAGACAGAGGCCCAGGUGGCAACCGCCUCAGGCCAGCAAGUCCAGACCCUCCAGGUAGUCCAGGGUCAGCCAUUAAUGGUACAAGUAAGCGGAGGUCAGCUGAUCACAUCAACCGGCCAGCCGAUCAUGGUGCAAGCUGUGCCUGGGGGUCAGGGCCAGACCAUCAUGCAAGUCCCAGUUUCUGGAUCGCAAGGAUUGCAGCAGAUUCAGUUGGUCCAGCCAGGUCAGAUUCAGAUUCAAGGUGGGCAGGCUGUGCAAGUGCAGGGUCAACAGGGCCAGACCCAGCAGAUCAUUAUUCAGCAGCCACAGACUGCAGUUACUGCUGGCCAGACACAGACCCAGCAGCAGAUAGCAGUUCAAGGGCAGCAGGUGGCACAGACAGCAGAAGGCCAGACCAUUGUCUAUCAGCCUGUUAAUGCUGAUGGAACUAUUCUUCAACAAGUUACAGUCCCUGUUACAGGCAUGAUCACCAUCCCAGCAGCCAGUUUGGCAGGAGCACAAAUUGUCCAGGCAGGAGCCAACACCAGUACAACUAGCAGUGGGCAAGGGACUGUAACUGUGACGCUGCCAGUUGCUGGAAAUGUGGUCAAUUCAGGUGGAAUGGUUAUGAUGGUACCAGGGGCUGGAUCAGUACCAGCUAUUCAGAGGAUUCCAUUGCCAGGGGCAGAGAUGCUUGAAGAGGAGCCUCUCUAUGUAAAUGCCAAGCAGUACCAUCGAAUCCUGAAGAGGAGGCAGGCACGAGCCAAGCUGGAAGCAGAGGGGAAAAUCCCCAAAGAGAGGAGGAAAUACUUGCAUGAGUCUAGACAUCGUCAUGCCAUGGCUAGGAAACGGGGAGAAGGUGGGCGUUUUUUCUCACCGAAGGAAAAGGAUAUGCAGGAUCCAACUCAGGCAAAUGAAGAAGCAAUGACACAGAUGAUCAGAGUAUCCUAACCACUGUCUGAAGGAAAAAGUAACUGAACAAGUUUCCUGUCCCUCUGCAAGUGUGUCCUAUCUUACCGGUGUAUCAAGCAAACCUUCCAAUGGGACAAUCACCAUAUCUUAGCCUACCCUUUUCUAUACAACAAAAACCACCUUUCCAGUAAGUGGUUUGUUUGGGAUUUUAACUGCAGUGGACUCCGCAAAUAGAAAUUAUAGGGACCUUUUUGGUAUACCCAUGUAAUUCAACGCAGGGGUUUGAAAGUCUGACAACUCAUGCCUUUCUUGAAUUAAGGUUGGCCAACUGACAGUGAUUAGCAAUAAGUCUGGCAUGCUGAAGCAGGGCUAACUGAGACCAUAGAGAUCCAUGGCCCUUCGGCAGAGGAGUAAUCCAGUUUGUAGCAACCAGAGCUAACAUGGCUACACCACAGUGCUUUGUUUUCCCAGUGGAGUUUUGUUGUUUAUAUCCACUCCUCAGCUUUGGGCUUCAUUUACUGACAGCUGAACUGUUCACUUGUAGUUGCAUUUGCCCUUCUGGAACUGUGUAACAGAACAAAAAGAGAUUCUCUAAGCGCCAUCCUUUAAAAGUAAACAGCAAGCUCUUUUCUGGGAAAAGUUCAACCAUCUUGUCAAGUUGUUGUGACUAUUGUAAGACCUUCACAAAAAUUGAAAUAUUGUAUAUCUGUUCCAAGGAGUAAGAUGGGAGUGGAUCAUUGACUCAGAGCUAAGUAGGGAAAGCAACCUUGGCGCUGGUGGCAUGUUGCUAGCAAUGGAUGCAUUGAAAGGAGAAAUCCAGCUACUGGGAUAAAAAUGAUAAA